GGUAUUGGCUAUGCAUCUGCCAAACUAAAUGUCAAACUGUGAUUACAGUAGUUAUAUACCGUUUUAUUAAUAAAUUCGUGUUUUACUGUAAAUAAAGGUCUAACAAGGACCCUAUUAUUGGUAGAAGCUGCAUACGUAGCUCUAUAUGAUAUAUUAUCUAUAUUAACAAAACAAAGCCAACCAAUGCAAUGUCUAUGUUUUCACAAGACUACCAAACUGUGAAAUUUUAUAUCUUUGAUAAUUUACCUACUUUAGAAACAUGUUGCUUUUGUAUGAAUUUAAAAGUUGGGUGUAUUAUUAUAGGCGCAGUCUAUAUACUUUUCAUACUUGAAGCCUUUGGAAGCAUUACUUUUAGUAGCGAAUAUUCCCAAUGCUACUUUGCAGGAGCAAUUUCGACCUUUAUUGGUUGUUCAGCCGGUCUUGUUUGUUUGGUUACUGCAGUAUCGACAGGCCUAUUCAUUUAUGGAGUCACUAAGAAUCAAUACCAGUUUCACAUUCCGUUUAUGUACACAACACUAUUAUUAGUUGUUUUCAACCUGGGCACGAGCGUAAUAUCGACGUUUACCAAAAGUUGCGCGAGACCGUACCUUUUUGGAGGAGCAACAUUUGCUGGAGCCUUAUUAUUAAUUUACUUUCUCCUAAUAGUGAAUAGUCAUUACAAAGCGUCACUCGGGCAGCUGCAAUCGAAUCCUAACCGUCCUCCAAGUUCCUCAGGAUCGGCGACUCCCAAGACCGUUCUGACAGCUCAAACAAAUACCGACCCUACCGCCUUUGAGGCUGGUAACACCGUGCCGUCUUUCGAUAGUGUUAAAAAAUAACCUCUAAAGACAUUGACCAAAAUAUACGUAUUGUUAAACAACUUUUCAAUGUCCGUAAUUGUUAUUUUGCCCUGUAACUACUUUAUUGGUACUAAGUAUACAAACUAUAUUAUAUUGUUAAAAUAUAUCGAAAGAAAAUUUA